UUCCCCUUUUUAUUAUAGAGAUAGAGGUCGAGAGAAGAGCCAGAGAAGAGAAGAGGGCGCACUGAAAGAUAGGCGAGCGAGGGACAGCUGCACUCCACGAUGAUGAUGAAGCCGCUACCACAACCGUGAGAAAGACGACAGACAAGAAGAAGAAGACGACGAAGACGACGACGACCCCUUCCCCUUCAUCCCUUGCACUCUCCUUCGAUCUGUGCGAAAAGGUCUCCUCGCUCGCUCCUUGAUCCCUCCAACCCUAAGAGCGAUCGUUACUGACAAGUCGCACACCCUUGAUCGGCGGAACCGAUCUCAGCUUCCGGUAACUGGUGACAAGUCGCUGACGAAUCGAUCGAAGAUCGGCCUCCCGCUUUUUGAGCCUGCGAGGUCUGGAUUCUGGCUCAGAUCCGCGUUUCUUAGCUUUAAUUGCGUUCUCUGUUCCGGCGGAACUUUGUGGCGAUUUGCAAAAUUUCAUCUUGAUUCCUGGUGGCCUACGCGACUUGUUUCUGUCACUUGGGUUUUAGGGUUUCCUUCGCGCCACCGCUGAAUUCGAUUGGAUUGUCUGAUUGUAGCAGAAUUCAGUGAUGAACUCUGUCCGUUGACUUUUCCGCUCUGCGUUGUUGUUGUUUUGUUGUUUCCGUUACUGUAUCUCGUGAGUAACUGAAGAUGCAACCUAGAAGGCAUCAGGAGUAUACUAAAUUGUCGCCUUCAGAGAGACGUCCCCCCGGCAGAAUCGAGAUGGGAGUUGAUCGAGAUCGGGGUGUUGUAUUUCAACGUGAGGCAACGCAUAGGUCUCCGCAUAUCCCGAGGAAUUCGAGUCCGCACACGGGGCGAGGCUCUCCUGAAAGAAGUGAGAGGUAUUGGAGUUCAGGCAGCAUGAGAGGGGAGCUACGGCACCCUGGGCCAGUAUCUCAUGGGGAUAUAAGAAAGAGGCCUCAGACUGCUGAUGCCAAUCCCAGCAUCGGGGAUGCUGAAUUUUGUGAGCCUAGUAGGGUUUCUGAUGCUGAUGGUGGCAGCAGACCAAAGCAUGUGCAUGGUUAUGAUCAUGCCUCUUACGGUGUCAUGAACAACGAAAGAGACUUAAGUACUGGAAAAGUCACGCCAUUUAGAGGGAAAUCGAUGGCAAUGGAAGAAGGUGAAAUACCAGAAACCUACUGUGAAAUUUGUGCAAAUGGACACUCGCCAUCCCAUGGGAUGGAUAUGAGCCACGGCAAAGAUGAUAGAAUUAGGUUCAGUGAUCAUCCGACUAGAUCCUCAUUGGCAGCACCCUACAAGGAGAGGGAGGGGAUAUUCUAUGCAAGAGAAGGAUCUCUUGCAGCCCAUCGUACAGCUCAUGCUGGGGAAUUUUCAGGUUAUCCUCAUAAUAAUGGUUCUAGAAGGCCUCCAGGCAACAACUUGAAGCGCAAGAUUCUGGACUCGUAUGGCGACGGUGAGAUAUAUUCUUCUCCAGAUGAACAUAUAUAUGGGAUAAGAUCUUCAGAACUUGUGAAUGCUAGUGCAUAUCCAAAGGGGCUGCCUGUUGAUUCUGGAAGAAACCAUGGAAAGGCACAUGAUCACUUGCCCCAUCAGUCGCAUUUCCGGCAGAGAGAUUAUUACACCCAUGGGGAUGAUCAGGAGGAGUUGCGUUAUGUCAAACAACAAAAAUUUGUUCAUGAAAGUCUUCGUGGAUAUCCUUCUAAGAACUUGCAUGAAAUGAAGCAUCCUCAUGCUCAACCACAUUAUAAUUGUUGUCAGAUAGAAGACCACAUCGAAGAUGUUUCUGCACCAUGUUGCAGGCAUGCAACCACUGAUGGUGUAGCAGUUAUCGAGGAUUAUGGAAAUUCGAGUCAUGGCACUACAUGGAAACACACUUCUUCAAGGAAGCCUACUGUUCCAAACUGCUAUGAAGAAUCAGAUGCCCCACAUCGGCAUGGUAAAUUUUUGGAAUCCUCACGUGUCCAUGCUAACUAUGAGCGUACACAGCCACAAAAUCGAAAGGCAGAACAAUUUGGCUCUCGAAAUGAUUAUAUCUCACGCUCAAGACCGAAUUUUGGUUUUGGAAGAGAUGCAGAUUCAAGGAUUUUACAGGAGAGCUAUCACAGAGAAGAAAUGUCCAAAUAUGGCAGGACUGGAAUUGCUGCAAGAUUGCAGAGAGUGGAGGAGGAUGGCAUGUAUGUGCCAUCAGAACAAAUGCAUAACAGUAUGUAUGGAGUCGAUGAAGAUUUUCUUGGAGACAAUCGUAAAGACAUGAUGACAAGGAAAUGGAACACAGUGGAGUAUGAGGAUUUAGAGGACAGUGAAGGUUUGAUCAAUGAAGAGGAUAUGAACGAUUUAUACGGUUCUGGUUCACAUGGUAAUGAAACCAAAAUGGCCGAAAUGGCAUAUCAUAGACAAGCAAGUCAGAGAGGUAUUGCUUCAGAUCAUCGCUUAUCUGUUAAAAAUAGAUUGGAGUAUUUACCGGAACAUCCAAUCAGAUACGGCAAAUACAGAGGCAGAGGCAUGAACAUGAAUCCUAAGUCUGGUGCUAUGAAAGUGUACAAGCCCAAUCAACAUAUUGGUCAAAAACCUGGGUUCUAUAAAAACCAGAAAUUUGGGAAAAGGAAUGAUGAUUAUUUUGAGGAUAGUCUCACACGUGAAUACGAACCUUCAGAAGAUCAGGAUAUUUCUGAAGAGCCUGAGCUAUCGGAGGAGUCAGAUGAGUUUAAGCAGUUGGCAAAUGAAGCCUUUUUGAAGUACUCAAAAAGGAUCAAUAUUAACUCAGCUGUUCAACGGCGAUACAGGGCACAAGGAAAAGCUGGAAGUUUGUUCUGCAUUGUAUGUAGCAGAAGGUUCUCCAAGGAAUUCCGCAACACUGAGAACUUGGUAAAGCAUGCCUUCAUGGCUCGAAGGGUGCAAUUGAGAGCUAAUCAUUUGGGUCUUCAGAGGGCAAUCUGUGUUCUGCUGGGAUGGGACACUCAUAUACCAGAAGACAUGCCUACGAUAUCUCCAAGAGUGUUGCCUGAGGAGGAAGCUUUGGCACUGAAGGAAGACUUAAUCCUCUGGCCGCCAGUUAUUAUUAUCCACAAUAUCUCCAUGUCAAUUGACCAUCCUGAAGAUCAGAAAGUUAUACCCAUCGAAAGCAUGAAGGCCUUUCUUAGAGGAAAAGGUUAUGCGGAGGGCAAAAUGGUGGUCUGCCUUGGGAAGCCUGCGGACCAAAGUGUUAUGGUGGUGAAGUUCUUGGGAACGUUCUCUGGAUUCGGAAAUGCCCUGAAGCUGCACCAGUUCUUCGCCGAGAACAACCAUGGGAGGGUUGAAUAUCAGAAGUUAACUUCUACUGGAGGAGGAGCCGGAAUGGGCACCAGGGCAUCAAUAUCAUCAGCGGGAGUGACUGGAGAAGAUGAGGCGGAGCUAAUCCUGUAUGGGUAUAUGGGGAUAGCGGAGGACCUGGACAGCGUCGACUUCAAGACCAAGAAGAUAUGUGAGAUAAAGAGCAAGAAAGAGAUACAGGAUUUUGCAAAUGAUCCUGUUUAAAACUGAAGACCGACAUUUUAUUACAACACCUAAUGUCACUGUAAUAUUUUGUUUAGUGUAUUCAGGAACUUACUUUACUGUAAAGAAUUUUUUUUUUUGGGCUUAAUUUAAAAUUUCCUUCUUCCCCUUUUUAGCUGAAACCCCCCCCCCCCCCACAAACUUAUCCACAUCAUUGUGAUUUACUGUUAAGUUAUUGUGAAUAUAGACCAUGAAUGAAGGAGCUGCUUAUAUGACUAUUA